AUGGCCACCGCGCAUGCAGCAGGUGCGGUGGCCAGUACCUACCGUCUGCUGCACAUGAUGGUGAUGUGGUUGAUCCUUGUCCUGGAGGGGCUGCACCGGGUGCUGCUGCGGUGCCCAUGCCACCCCAUCUUCUCCAAGAGCUUGAACGGUGGGCCGCGCACUACCCCGCUCUUGCUGGCGUCGCUCGAGUAUACUGACGUGGAAUUGGAUCGUAUGGCAGCUGCGGAACAGACUUCCCUCGCCAAGACCGUCGAGCAGGCCACCAAGGCUGAGCGCCUGGCGCACCAGGAGGUGCAGUGGCGGCUGGACAGGUUCAACAAGGCGAAGAAGCAUAUGGAAGAGGCACAGAGCUUGCACUUGGAGGCGGUACAGGAGCUGGAGCAGGCUCGAGCCACCACUCGUGAAGCUAAUGAACGUAAGGCCUCAUUCGAUGUACAGACCUUCAAGAAGGAGAAGCGUCAUGAAGUUGAGCAGCGCCGUCGUCAGCGUGCCGCCGAAGAGGCUCGUGCUGCCGCGGAUGCUCGCGCUGCUGCUUCAGUGCCCCCCGCCGCUGGCCUCCUCGGUGCAGCACCCGCCACCGCCCCAGCGGGCGUUGCGGCCGCCUCUCGUGCCCCAGGCACUGGAGACGCGGCCGCCGCGGGAGCAGGUGCCCAGGCCAGCGGCGGCGUGGAGGCGCAGCCCAUGCAGGAGCCACAGCCCAUGGACGAGGAUGAUGCUGAUGUCCCUUGGUUGCGCGGCAAGGUUGUGGACUACAUGUUCGUUGAGGCCAACCUGCACACCUUCUCCGAUGACGACCUCGAGAAGCUGGUUGCCUCCUCGGCCAUUGGCCUCGAGCAGUGGCAGCAGUACCGUCUCCAUCUGCAGCGGAUGCGAGGCGUUGGCGAUGAAGAUAACCUUUCCGACCUGGGCAGUGAGGUUGCCGACAACGACAUGGAGCCCCAGGAUCGCGACAGGUACCGUGACCUCAAGAGGCGUGCGGUGGAGCAGGGACUGGACGUGCAGGCGGCCCAGGAGUAUACCGACCUCCUCUCCAAGCGCAUCAUGGCGAAGGCGGGCAAGCGUGCCAGAGUGGUGUCCUCCGUCACGGCCGACAUGUACCGCAAUUUCUGUGAUGCCACGGCCAAGCAGAUGGGGGUUCCUCGUGCGGCCGCAGCCGUACCACCUGGACAUCUCCCUGAUGCUGCUCCCGCUGCGAAAGGCGCUGGGCGUGCUGCCGCCUCUGACGCCCGCUCGCAGCAGCCUCUUUAA